GCCAUUGACGAAAUUUCCUGGUCAGGUCCACCUCUUGUGAACUUCAGAGAAAAUCAACAAGAGAAAUUGAGGCAGGCUUUUUUUGUAUAUAUAUGUACGGCGGGGGCUGGCAUUGACACAAAAUAACCUGUAUUGGAAAUUAAGACACCGAUUUUCAAUUACGCGGCGAUUCAGUAAACAAAAGCAGAAAUACAUUUCAUUUUGUUCAUCUGGAGGUUUUAAAGAUAUUCAGUGGGUUCAGCAGGUGUAGAGAAAUACACCCCAGAAUCACAAGGACCCUCAGUGUUAAUGAAACUUUGCUCUGAUUUCCGCGCUGGGGACACCGUUCAUCAUGUUAAGGUAAAGCAGAAGAGCUCUGUAUUGAACAUGCUAAAGCGGUUGGACAAAAUAAGGUUCAGAGGCCACAAGCGAGAUGAGUUCCUUGAUUUAGCCGAAUCUCCCAACACAUCAGACAAUGAAUGUAGUGAUGACAUCCCAGUGAAACCCCGUCCAUCAUUAAAAGACGCUGAAGACUACAGAGACCCUGCUGGUCCGGGGAAUCUGGUGAUGGCAUCAGCAUUACAGGACUUCCAAAGAACGGAAUCUGACAGACUAAACGAGAUCAAAGGUCAUCUGGAAAUUGCUUUAUUGGAAAAACACUUCUUGCAGGAAGAAUUAAGAAAACUGCGAGAAGAAACAAAUGUUGAAACAUUAAAGCAGGAACUUGAUAAAGAGAGAAUAAAAAGAAUAGAGCUGGAACAAAAAGUCAACGAAGUGCUGAAAGCAAGAGCAGAAGAAUCUGCAGUACAGCAGCCUACGAAAGUCAAUGGAACAGAGAAAAAGGUUGAAACAGUCUAUUCAAGAUUUCAGAAAUGGCUUUAUGAUAAGUUUGGGGUGUACAUUGAGGACUUUCGAUUUCAGCCAGAAGAAAACACUGUGGAGACGGAAGAACCACUAAGUGCUAAACGGUUAACAGAAAACAUGAGAAGAUUAAAGCGAGGUGCCAAACCUGUCACUAACUUUUUAAGGAACCUCUCAGCCUUAUCAAAUUGGCACUCUGUAUACACUUCAGCAAUUGCCUUCAUUAUUUACAUGAAUGCUGCGUGGCAUGGCUGGGCCAUCCCUAUGUUCCUCUUUUUAGCCAUUUUGAGGUUAUCCUUAAAUUAUCUCAUUGCAAGGGGUUGGAGGAUACAGUGGAGUAUUGUGCCUGAAGUUUCAGAACCUGUGGAACCUCCAAAAGAAGACCUUACCGUAUCAGAAAAGUUUCAGCUUGUUCUUGAUGUUGCACAAAAAGCACAGAAUCUGUUUGGCAAGAUGGCAGAUGUGUUGGAAAAAAUCAAAAACUUAUUUAUGUGGGUCCAGCCUGAAAUAACACAGAAGCUAUAUAUAGGGCUCUGGGUUGCAUUUAUUACAUCUUGUUUCCUUCCCUUCAAACUGGUGGGCUUUCUCAUGGGAGUGUAUGCUGGAAUCAAGUUUUUCAUGAUUGAUUUCAUCUUCAAACGUUGCCCAAAGCUCCGAGACAAGUAUGAUACUCCUUACAUUGUGUGGACGAACCUGCCAACUGACCCGCAGCUCAAAGAAAGGACAAAUGCAACAGUAUCAAGACGGGUUCAACCAGUUACAUCAUCCCGAAGCAUCCUUGGGACAAAUAACCCUUCGGUGAUCAAUAGGGAAGAUGAAGGCGGGCGAUCUCACAGCACCAAAAAAGGCAGUUUCCAUGAAAUCUUCAACUUGUCAGAGACUGAGCGCCCUCUAGCGGCCUAUGAAAAUGGAUGGCGUUGUUGCUUGAUAAAUAGAGACAGAAAGAUGCCAACUGACUACAUUCGUAAUGGAAUCCUUUAUGUAACAGAAAAUUAUUUAUGCUUUGAAAGCUCCAAGUCCGGAUCAUCCAAGAAAAAUAAAGUCAUAAAACUAACAGACAUAACAGAUAUUCAAAAGUACAAAGUGCUGUCUGUACUGCCAGGAUCAGGCAUGGGCAUUUCAAUAGCAACACCGUCUACACAAAAGCCACUGGUGUUUGGUGCCAUGAUACACAGAGACGAGGCCUUUGAGAUGAUCUUCACCCAGUAUAUGAAAAUAAUGUCUGCAGCUUCCAUCAAUGAAACCUAGCAGCAAGGAAAUUGACAUCUUGUCUCUUUUUUGUUUUUGGUGAGGGGUGGGGCCAGGGACUCCUUUCUUUUGUUUUUGGUGAGGGGUGGGCCAGGGACUCCUUUCUUUGUUCUUGGUGAGGGGUGGGCCAGGGACUCCUUUCUUUGUUUUUGGUGAGGGGUGGGCCAGGGACUCCUUUCUUUGUUUUUGGUGAGGGGUGGGCCAGGGACUCCUUUCUUUGUUCUUGGUGAGGGGUGGGCCAGGGACUCCUUUCUUUUGUUCUUGGUGAGGGGUGGGCCAGGGACUCCUUUGCCUGCUUUGCAAUACUUUUUUCAGGUCAUGGAAAUAUGUAUUGUACAGUUUGUGUAUUAUUUGUAUUUGUCUAUUUAUUUUAUUUUAUUUUUUACACAUUUACUGUAACUAUUACUGCAAGCCUUGCACAGUAAGCACUUUUUGCAUUUGUUUCCAAGUGCUUUGAAAGUGUGAGAAAAUAGAAGUUAAGACUGACGUGGAGAAAGACAAAUCAAAGCCUUUUUCAAUUCCAUAAAUUCCAUGUAUAAAACAAGCCUUGCUCCAAAUGGAAUGGACUGGAUAGUGCAAAUGCCUGCCAAUAUUUUACCUUUUAAAAGCUGGGAGAUUAUCAUGAGUUUUGACCUCCUAGAAAUGUUUUUUUUUUUUUUGUACAACGCUUCAAGAAACAUUGCAUAGUAAUUGCUAAGUAAUUAUUUUGUGAUUACAGUUUUACCAUGUAAGUAAGGAGUUAUAAACUUUAGAGUGCAUUUUCAUACAUUACAGCAGUAGUAACCAUGUAAUUACUACAUUGUAACAGAUUGUUAGUUAUUUAAAAUUGAAUUUUAUACCACAAUUAGAUUAUUACAUUAUACAUGGCAGUGAUAACCAAAUAGUUUCCUGUUAUUGCUAACAUGACACUAUUAUUGACACUAUACUGUACUUGGAGAACAUUUACUCAGUAAUUUAUAUGUAAUACCAUAUAUGCCCUAUAGUAUAACUAAAAGUGUUUAUUUAAGUGCUUUCAGGCCAGAAGUGACUUUCUAAUUUGACUAUUUACAUUUCACUAGAUUGUCUAUGUAGUUUUCCCAGCAGAUUUGUUAUCCAUUCCAGGAUGAGUGCACACUAACACCUCAGUGAAAUUGCCUCCCCUCACCUGCCUUUAGCCAGCUAAUGCAUAGACCACUUACACCAUACGCAUGUUCUAUAUGUAGUUGUUGUAUAUCUAAAAAAAGGUGAAAUCCUUCAAAGGAGAGAGGUGCCUGCAAUAAACGUCCUUGUUUUUACAAAAGACUUCUAUUCACAACUGGAAGAAGACAAUAGAAAGUAUGUCUUGCUGGGCUUCAGCUCUACUGUAUCGACUGCACUGAAGUUUAUCUUUGUUUUUAACCACAAAGCUUAUUGCACCCUUAUACUGUACAAAAACUCAAUAAGUAAAUCUUUCAUGAAAGUGAUUAGUAGCCCCGACCAGCAAGUGUUUAAGAAAAGGAAUUAAGACACAAGAUACAGAAUGACCAAUACCGUUUCUACUAGUCAAUGUAAGUUACACAGUUCAUGUGAACACGGCACAAACCAUUUCCCAAUCCUAAUACCAAAGCACUUGCUUAAAGGCAGUCUGUGGAAGAACAGUGAUAGUAAUGGCCAGGUUGUACAAGUAUCUAUACUUGGUCAGCAUUUUGUAUUUUGGCCUUGCUUAGUACACUUCAAUGAUGCACACUGAGAAUGCACUGCAAACUGUUAGCUGCAAGAUAUGGGAACUCAUUUUGUUCAACAGGUACUGGGUUCGUAACGGCACUUUAUCUGGAAUCAUUGCCUAAUGAAUUCUGGUUUAACUUUUGCAUCAAUGACAGAUCAGGCUUUUCUUUUCUUUUUUAAACAGUAUUCUGUCCUCUGCCUGUUAUAUGCUUGUUUAGCUUUUAGUAAGACUUCUGAUUGUUUACUUUUUAACCAGGUUUAAUUUUCAAACCGUGUUUGUGAGCAGUGCUGGAGGAACACAGUAAAACAGAAUAGGUGACAGGGCCAAUUUUGAAUGAAUUGCCAUAUUUUAGUUCUGGCCACCACCUCUCAAGAAUUAUUAGUAUAUUAACUCUGGCUUUAAAUAAUUGUGUUCAAAUGUUUUUAGAUACCAAGCAGACUAUCAAGAAGCAGUGAAACAUGUCACUGUUAAUUAGCCUUUUCCAUUUCCUGUUUCAUUUUGUUACCAGAGAAUUGCUUAGUGAUUUAUUUUUAUUUUUUUUUUGUAUGCAUUUGUUUUUAAACAGUAUGACAACAUUUUUGUAAUCCAGAUUCUUAAACUACCCUGUUUUAAGCUCAGAACUAAAACAUUAACAAUACCACAAUGGAUGAUUUUUGUCACAUGAAUACCAGAACAACCAAGUCUGUGGCAUACUGCCUUUGUAUUAAUAGAAUGCAAACAGUCUAGAUGAAAAUACUAAAGCACAGAAUGUAUUGUAAAAUUGAUAGUUGUUGCUGCCAAAUGUGAAGUGCUCUGUUUUAGUUUACAAUUAAGAUGUGAAAUGUUUACAGAAGGCAGGUUGAAGCUCCACGAUUUUCCACUUCUGAAAAUGGAAGUGAAGAAGCCAGUUUGAAUCCCUUUUGUGGAAUGGGAUAUGAGAACUAGCGAUAUGUCUUGUAAUGAAACCAUACGUUUGAACAUUGGUGCCCCAUCUGAAUGGUCACAUGACAACCCACAGAUAUGUCUUAAUGUAUAAUGGUACAAAUAUAUCAAUUUUGAUCGCACACAUUUUUUUAAGGUAGAUUAAGCCACCACAGCCCCAUAUCCACAACUGUUUAAAGCAGUAUUGACAGGGACUGAGAAACAUGCAAAUUGCUUUUGAGCAGGUCUUCUGCAGCCAAUCUUGUGGUUUUAUGGGUGAAAGGGUUUGGUUUAAAUUUAAGGAAGAAUUAGUUCAGUUCACUUGCUAAUGAGAUUUUCACAUUUAUAUUUUUUUGCAUAACAGUGGAUACAUACUGUAUAUAUUUUCUCCACAGUUCUACAGCACAAGUAGAAGACAGCUUACUAAUUAUGGCAGUAAUUCUAAAACUGUUGGAGAUGAGAAAAAAAGGAUUUUCCAUACAGAAAGACGGUGUCUCAUUUUACUGCAGUUUUUAAAAUUUAAAAUAAAAUCGAGCUGUUGGUGUUCAAA